UGCCUUGUGCGCCCCUCAGAACGCGCUGAGCGAGGGGGUCCCGGCGGAGCCUCCUGUGGCUGCUCCCGCCUCGCUCGCCAGCGGGACGGCUCGGGCACAGGUUGUGUACGAGGUAACUGGAGCAGCCCACAGGCCGGCGGGGUUCUACGGCUCCGGUUACCCGCACCGAGUGGGCUGUGCUGGACGGGAGUGGCACCGAAAGGCCGGCCAGGAGCGCGGUCACCGGGAGGGGCGGUUGUCCCACAGGUACACCGCACCUGAGUGCUUCUAAGAAGAUGUCCAGUACAGAUCCCCUCACAAAUACAGAGAAGGAGACCAUUAUGGGCCCUCAUGGAAUAAAUCGAGCUGUUCACCGCAUCUCUUUCUCUGAUUGCCAGAAUGGAUUAGGAGUUAAAAUUAUUGGAGGUUAUCGGGCGCAAACAGCAGAAGAUUAUGGGAUUUUCAUAAAGAGAAUUCUACCUGGGGGGGUGGCUGCUAUAGAUAGCCGUCUGCUCACUGGGGACCUAAUUCUGGAUGUCAAUGGAGAAAACCUGGUUGGAGUAACAAAUGAAAGGGCUGUUGACAUCUUGAGAACAGCCUCAGCCUCUAAUCACAUGUCUCUGCUCGUUGCUAGAGAUGAAGAAGCAAAGAAAGAAUUUCAUGACCUAAUGGAUAAGUAUGGCUCUCACAGUGACACAACCUCUGCAAGAACUUCUCCAACACAUCAUUUAGCUGCGAAAUCUAGAGACAGCCUUUCUUCUGGGUCAUCCUCAAGGUCACAGAGUCCUCAGUUGCAGCUGAAGGAUAACAUCACCAGCAGCAGCAGAAAUAACUCUGUCUCACCACCAUCCCCAAAGCCUCCAAAUGACAGUGCAUUUCAGAUUAUCUCUGUUUGCAAAGGAACCAGCCUAGGUUUGAAUAUUGUGGGAGGAAUUAACAGAAAUGAAGGGCCUUUGGUGUAUAUUCAAGAAAUUAUCCCUGGUGGUGAUUGCCAUAAGGAUGGACGAUUGAAACCUGGGGAUCAGCUUGUGUCCAUCAACAAAGAGUCCAUGAUUGGAGUCUCCUAUGAAGAGGCAAAAAGUAUAAUCAACAGAACAAAGAUGAGGUUUGAAAAUUUUUGGGAGAUAGCUUUUAUUAGGCAGAAAAACAUACACAGUUUUCCACAGAAUCUGCAGCAUCCUUUCAGCCUCUUAACAUCUUCUGUAGCACAUGGAGAGCAACAGGCUGCAACACUUGGUCCUCUUCCCUCUCCUACUGGGAGGCUGGUUUCACCAUUCCCUCCAAAUGCUAUGGAAACUGGAGUCAAGAUGGGAGGGCAAUCUCCAAUUACUGCUCUAGACAGCAAUCCUGCUGAUGUGUCUGCCACGGUUAUUGCCCCCAGCCAGAAUGAUGAUUAUGAGCCCCAAGGAAAGAACUUGAGUAUUCAUCUCAAAACAGAAAAACUGGAGAGGGCACUGAAUUAUCUUGGGAUUCAGCUCACAGAUGAACAGCAGCAAGCCCUAAGGCAGCAACUUCAUAAAGAUUCUAAAGGAACAGUGUCUUUUGGAGAUUUCAUUGAAGUUUCAAGGAAUCUGUUGUCUGUGCAAUCAAAUGAAACUGAUGACAGCCACAAAUCUGAAACCUUUGGGAUGAGUGAAGUUGCCAGCUUACAGGACUCACAGUUUGUAACCUGUGAUUCCUUGGAGGAUGAUGUGGAAAAACUUAAGAAAGAAAGAAAUGAAGCUUUAAAAGAAAUUAGCAAAUUAAAGGAAGAAUUGUCUGAAUCUGUGAACUUACAGAAGCAGUUAGCAGAGCAGCUACAAGUAGUCAAGCAAGAAGCCAAGGCAGCUGUGGAGGAGACAAGAGCCCUGCGCAGCAGAAUUCACCUUGCAGAGGCUGCUCAGAGGCAGGCCCGGGGGAUGGAGCUGGACUAUGAAGAGGUGAUUCGCCUCUUAGAGGCUGAAAUUGGAGAGCUGAAGGCUCAGCUCACUGAGCAUUCUGGCCAAAAUAAAGAGAGCAUUCACGACUUGAGAAAGAGGGUUACAGUGCUUGACUGCCAGCUGCGGAAAUCCGAGUCGGCCAGGAAGACCUUUGAGGUGGCCACUGAAAAAUUGCUACAAUUUGUAGAGGUUGUACAUGAAAUACUUUCGGAUAACUCUACUUCCUCAACAAUUUUAAGUGACAGGAGAACGUUGUCCACUAAAGCACUUCUGGCUCGGCUGGGAAGGGUCGGACCUACUGUCACAGCAGCUCUUGCAGCAGAAGCCAGGGACCUUGCCAAGUCUGUCCGUGCCAUUUUGGAAGUAGAUUGUCUGCCUUAUGGAUGGGAAGAAGCUUAUACAGCUGAUGGAAUCAAAUAUUUUAUCAACCACGUGACCCAGACCACGUCCUGGAUCCACCCCGUCACCAGCGCUCUGAGCUUGCUUUGCUCCGAGGAGGAGGAGGAUGGGAUCAGAGACCUUCCCGGGCCCAAGAGCUGAGACCAGCUGUGGACAGAGAGUAGUUUGUCUGGUUUUAGUCCCUUAGUGAGCAGAUGCACAGGUUUUAAUCUACCUGCUUUCUAGUGUAAUGUAGUAGUACCUGGUGACAUUUCUCCUCAUCAAGGUGGGGGAAGUUCUGCUAGUUUUGAGAUGGGUUUGUUGAUGUGUGCUACAAAGGAUGCAGGUGCCACAGGAGUCCUUAAUGUGCCCCAUUUUGGUGUGCCAGGGAUCAGUCUCACCUUAGCGCCCAGUCCCAUCUUUUCAUGAUUUCCCCACAGACCCAUCAUUUCCCUGACCUGAAGCAGAAUUUUCCAGGUCAGCUGAAAUUUUCACAGCUCUGAGCAACUUGAGAUUUAAGGUGAGACCACUGGUGGUAGAUUCCAGCUGAUGGUUGACUGAGAGAUGCAAAGUGAGAUGGGGUUUUUGAACCAAAGUUAAUGAGAAUAAUGGGGAUAAUUUAACUGAAAACUCAUAUUUCUAUGGGAAAAAUCUUCAAAUAAGUUUUGCUACUAGAAAUUUAGUGAUUUAUUAUGAAUAUUGGAGCCCUGAUGACUUUUUAAACAAAUACUUACUAAGAUUGGUUGUUGAGAUUUAGAAAAUGUGUCUUUGAUAAGUUGUCAAGUAAAAAGAAGGUUUUCAUAGAGGACAUCAUACUCUGACAACAGUAUGAGGCAAUAUGAAAAUUAUUCUACUUUUGUAUUCUGCUGAACUGAUACAGACACACAUCAAAUACUUCAGUGGAAGCUGUGAAGUUUCAAGUACAAUGAAACCUGUGAAACCACCUCCAGGAUCAGCAGAAAUCAGUCACCUCCUCAGAACUGGUCUUUUAAGUAGAACAAAAUCAUUUUGUACACAUCAGUGAUGUUUUAAAGAGGAUAAAGAAAAUGAUGGGGGGUGCAAGUUAAUGAACAGGUUUCUCUGUACCUCAAUAGCACAGGAUAUUUUAAAUCUCAUUAUUCACAGCACAAUGUCUGAUGUCAGCUUUGUCAAAUGUAUGAUUCUGUGCUACAUUUUUCUGGAGGCUCUUUUAUAUGUGUGUUGUGUAUAUAAUGGUGGGUGUUACUAAUGAAUGAGACAGACCUGAACCUGCAGAAGCACUGAUGGAUAUGCCAAAGGAAAUCUCUAUCUCUGCUUCAGUCCAGGAGGGAGAAGGGGAUUGUGGCAGUGUGAGGAGGGCACAGGCUGCAGUCACAUUUUUUGAGGUCUGUCUUCAGCAGGUGUGGCAUUGGAGUUAAGAAUCCUUGUCCUCUGAGGAAUGAAUAUCAAAACCAGACUCACUCUCAGUUCUGGUGCCUUGAUCAUGCUCUCUGUCCUCAGCAGUUCAGAGCUGUGCCAGGUCAGGCUCACUGGAACAGUUGAUCCUUUUGAACCAAAAUAAUUCACCUUUUUUUGAAAUCCAAGUCAGGCCUCUGAAUAGCAGCCCAGUAAUCUCCUGCACUUGGCCAGAGAGCUGGAGAGCACAUCACCAAAUGUUCUUCCUGAAGCUCACAAAAGAGGCCUUUACAGGCUUUGCAGGAAGUAGAUGUCAGGGUAUAUUGAAUAAGCAAAUAGGAAAAAUUUGUUUUGUACUUUCAACUAGGUCAGACCCAAAUUAUCUGUGAAUCUACACAGGUGGUGUGGAUUAGGGAAAAAAAGCUUGCUCAGCAGACCUACAGUAACUUACAUUUCUAAGAAAACUUCUCCUAGCAAUAACACAUGAAUGGUUUAGCCAUAUUUGCUCCAGUGGCUCCUGCAUGCUCCACAGCCUCCUUUGUGCUCCCAGAGAGCUCAGGCCAAAGGGACAGAGCAUGUGCUUCAGUUUCAGGCUUGGACACUCCAGAAGCAUUUUUAUUUAAAUCCCUUUUCUCAGAAUGGCACAGACUCAUGACGUACAGAAGAUAUGUCAUCUGAAUUCCUUGUGGUAUUGCUGUAGUAGUCAUUUGGAUGCUUUAGGACAGCACUUUCUGUUCAUCCUUCAGUGAUACCCAGCCUGCACACAGAUUCCAGGUCCCCAGUCCUGCUCAGGAGAGGUUUGAGCCACCACUGCCUCUUGCAGCCUCGUGGCUGUGUCAGCCAGCUGGGUGCUCCAAAGGGGAGCAGCUCUUUAGGGAUGGGGAGUGUGGCUCAGGCAGGCUCUGCAGAGCAGGGGCUCCAUGGAGAGAGCUCAGAGCUGUCCUGCUGGAUCAGCUGCAGGGGGACGGCUCUGCACGUGCUGCCCUGCUGUGCACGGGGACAAUCUGCCUGCUCCUCUCACUGCCACCUCCCACAGACCCCCGUGUGGCACAAACCUGCAGCCUCUUCCUCUCUCUCUCUCUCUCUUACAAACUUGCCUAGAAAUUAAAGAUGUUAGAAAUAGAUCUCUGCAUCUCUUCAGCUGCUCCAGUGAGCGUUUCCCUCUUCAGAUAAUCCACCAGUUCACAUUCUCUGGGGUUGAGAAUACAUUUUCUUACCUACGAUCUCCAAAUGUUCCAAUCUAUUUUUGUACACUGGUAUACUUGUUUCCUAGGUUAUUUCUCUUGAUCUCCCCUUAUCUCUUCGUUUAUGUGAAAUAGUUUUGUGAAAAUUAUUUUACUUAAGCUGAACUGUGUAUAUUGAGAAAAUGGUUCUAGCAUAACUUGGAACAGAAUUUGUAAAGAGCAGUUGUCAACAUAUGCAACACUGUAAAGGCAAAUUUUCAUUUUUAUUCCUGAAUUUAAAAAAUUACGUGGAAAAUAUACUAAAGUGCAUGUGAUAGCCUUUAAAUUAAUAAAACUACACCUUUAUAUUGUAAUGAAUCUGUCCCACAUAACAUUCUCCAUCUGUUGAAAAGCCUCUUGUAACAGAUUGCUUUAGGAAUGGUUUGGUUCAUUUCUGACACUCAGGAGGUGCCUGGUGCCACGGAGGUAAAGAAAGGAAAAUCCUUUAAGAAAAAUAUUUGUGGUUGUGGAACAGGCUGGGCUGUGCA